AGAGGCCAUAGUUUAAAUUCUGGAGGUUACAAAAAUGCAUGCCAGGAAAUUCCAGGCUUCCAAGGGACCUUUCUUAAAUUCCUCUUUAUUCGUCUUUUUUCCUGUAUUAAAUAGCUUUAAAAUCCACCAACUACUCAUUGUCUCCUCAAGAAUAAGAUCUUUCAAAGUCUGAUUUUAAUCACUGCCAAAUCUGAGUGUCUGUUUAUUAAUUUUUUGUCAUAUUACUGAGAACUUGUCUUUGACCUCAUAGCUGUUUCCUAGCAACCCUCAUCAGCAUAAGGAAUCAGUGAGCCCCUCUGCUCUGUGGGGCAAAGGGAACAGGCCCAGAGGCAGCAGCUUGCAUCCUUUGGCCCAGCCCAAGUCUUCAGUACCCUGAGACAGGAGAACCUUCAGCUUGGAGCGGCGCUACUUUUGACAGCCUCUCUUGCUCAUCUGAUAGGGCGUCUUGGCCCUUGCCUUCAUGAAUUUUCUUUCUUUUUAAAGAUUCCUUAUACCCGACCAAUGUGUCACACUUCAUAGAGUGUUUUCACGUGCCCUGCAUCAUUUGAUGGUCAAAAGUGAUCUCCCUGAAAUAGGUGGGGAAGGCUUUAUUUAUGGAGGAGGAAACAAUUAGAAAUUCAGAAAGGGUAAGUCACUUGCCUCCCAGUCCAGAGUUCUUGAUCCUUUUUAUAGAAUCUUUAGGAGCACUUAUAGUAAAUAAUUCAAGGUAUUGAACUGGAACUUAAUUUGCUUAACUAUCUGUUCUUUUUAGACUUUGGUAUUUUUUUUUUUAUUUGAUCAGAUUCAACUUGGGAAUCCUGAAAUCUUUAAUUAUCCCACAUGGAAGGGGAGUGAAAGGGUAGGAGAAUGUAACUUCAUUUGGAAAUUCACUUGUCCAUCUGUGGGGAUUUUUUGUUUGUUUUUUGGAGUGCUGGGGAUUGAACCCAGGGCCUCAUACGUGCUAGGAGAGUACCCUACCACUGAGCCAAUCUCCAGCCCUCCAUCUGUGUCUUUUCAAGAGGUGGAUUUAAAUCUAUUAAGAGGAUAUGAAAGGAACGGAGACUGGUAAGGUGGUCAUUAACAAGCAUAGAUAGUAAAGCAGCAGCAACAUUGUGAUUGAUUUUUGUUGUUUUUUCUGCCUUGGGACCUCACUUGUGAGUAAGGACUGAGAUUUUGUGUAUUUGGUUGCAUUGUUUAGUUGACAGUGCAUGCAUCAUAUAUCUCUUGACUUUGAAGGACAUCCCAUGUUGAAGGAAUUCAUUUAUGAUGCAGAGAGAAUUCAACUGGAAUACCCAGAGGGCUCUGGCUAAGGGUGGUGAAAUGCCUGUGGAGACAUGAAGACUUCAGCCACUGGUUUCAUCCUCACAAGUCUGGCAUUGACUGUCUACCCGCCAUUGGUGGUGACUUCACCUAAAACACUGGCCAUCCCUGAAAAGCUUCAGAAAGCUGUAGGGAAAGUUAUUGUCAAUGCUACAACCUGUACUGUGACUUGCGGCCUUGGCUAUAAAGAGGAGACCAUCUGUGAGGUGGGCCCUGAUGGAGUGAGGAGGAAGUGUCAGUCUCAGCGCUUGGAAUGUCUGACCAACUGGAUCUGUGGGAUGCUGCAUUUCACCGUCCUCGAUGGGCAGGAGUUUGAGCUUAGCUGUCUGAGUUCAGACAUCCUGGAGAUUGGACGGAAAGCUUUCCGCUUCACCUGGAGACUUGCACGGGGUAUCAUUUCCACUGACGAUGAGCUCUUCAGACCCUUCAGAGCUGAAUCCUAUUUUUUGAGGUUUAAACCUGUCCAGGAGUAUGAUUCUGGGACAUACCGCUGUGAUGUGCAGCUGCUAAAAAACUUGAGGUUUGUGAAGAGGCUGUAUUUUGGGCUGAGGGUCCUUCCUCCAAAGUUGGUGAACUUGAAUUUCUCUCAAUCUCUUACCGAGGAACAGAAGUUAGUAGAUGAGGGCUUGGAGGUUAAUCUGGACAACCAUUCCAAGCCUUUCCGGCCAAAGUGGCAAAAGAAGGUGACAUUGGCCUUGGGAAUAGGAAUUACUGGUGGAGUGGUUGGUGGUAUUUUGGUGAGCAUUGUCCUCUGCAGUAUGUGGAGGGGGACUGAUGGCACUUGGAGCCACAAGAGCUUACAAGCCUUGCUCCCGAGGGACUGCCACCCAGAAACCCAGGCUAGCUCUUCAGGGAAUGCUCUGGGUGUCAGGUAGUGAAUUGGCUAGGAGGGAGGCUCCUACUGCCAAAAGGUUGGGUGAGGGGUGUGGAAGGAGCAGCCUCUUGCUAGCUGUGGGCAACCAUCACCAGCUGUUUUGUGUCCCACGUGGGUCUCUGCUCCACAUCUCCCUGGCUCUAAGUUCUCAGGAGACUGCAGGCAACCUCCUGUUCCUGGGAAGAGUUCUGUCUUUCAAACUUGCAUUCUCUCUAACCUCUGUGCUUUCCCAUCUCCAUCUCCCCUCUCUUGAGCAGCGUACUCAUAGUGAAAACAUUUUUUUCCUCUUCAAUAAAAGUAAUUUAUAUGGAAACCUAGCAUUUUUCUUUCUUGCAUUUGUUUAAAUGGUCCCAUAAUCAGCCUGGCUUCAAUUUCCCUUGGAUUUCUUAAUAGUAGACAAUGGACAAAUUGCUUUGUAGAGGGCCCAUGCCCAUAGGUGGCAGAAGUUGUUAGUAACGACACCUGACUCAGGUGUGUAAUAAUCCCUAAAUGUUAACCUGCCCUCUCUGCCCUCCCCAGGUGAACCCUCUAUGUUCAAUGUUAAAUUAAAUUUUCUUGCAAAACAGAGAUACUUCACCUGAUCAUUGAAGCAGUUCUGUGGCUUGCUCCCUGCUCCUUUAUUUUUGCUUGCUCAGUGCCCUGAAGUUUGUGCUCCUGGAAAGAUCAAUGUAUGGGUCUCUGAUAGUAGCCAAAGCUCCCAUGGGAGGACUCGCACCUUAUUCCUCUGUACAAGAUCCAGUGUUAAGACUCUUGGGGACCAUUGAGACUAUCCAAGAUAAUUGGGUUAUGGAACUGUCAGGAAUCAAAGACUGGUGGUUUUCUCUCUCCCUUGAGCCAUGUGUCAGAAUCACCUGGAUAACUUUUUUGGGAAAUAGAUUCCUGAGCCCCAACUCUGGAGAUGCUACUUCACUUUAAAUUAUGGUCAAAGGGUCCUUAUUACUUCCUUUACUUUUAAAAAUUUCAAACCCAGAGAAAAGUUAGAAGAAAGGUUUAUAGUGGUCACCCAUAAACCUUUUGCCUAGGGUUCAUCAGUUGUUAGCUGUUUGACAACAACUGCCUAAGUUACAGAUUUUAUGAACCACUUGAAAGCGUCACAGACAUUGUGACCCUUUAUUGGAAAGUAAAUCAGGUAUGUAUCUUGUAGAGACAUUCUCCUAUAUAACUACAAUACCUCUACCACACCUAAGAAAAUGAACAAU